ACAAAGAGCGCUUAGGCAUAUACAAGACAUCUGGCAGAUAGGCGAGCGCUGCCGAAGAGCUUUGAAACCGGACAAAGUUGCUAACCUUUCAGCAGGCAAAGUCAAUUGUACCUUGAUCAAGUGCAUCGACUGUCUCCAUCGCGUCACGGCCUGAGAAGCUGGUGAGGCAUAAUCAAAGCGAGCAUGUCCGCAACUGGACAUGCACCCCCGACGUCCACAGUCGGCCUGCCAACGAGCACUGGCGCGCAGCUACAGAUGCGGCGGCUUAUUGGCCGACCUCCCAGCGCCAGCGCUGCAGCGUCGCGGUCCCUAAGCUCCGCCCAGCCGACGACUGUUGCGUUCACACGCCAUGACACCACCAAGAGCCUGGCGCCGGGGUUCCUGCCCCGUUCGCGCUGCUCGCCGGUCGCUCGCUUCUUCCGCGAAGGCGGCUCCGGCACAGGCGCCAGUGGCAACAACAAUGCCGGUAGUGCCGGCGGGAGCGGCGGUGCAGUGGCAGAAGGCAAGGCGGUGACGCCGCUGGAUGCGGUGGAGGAAGCAAGCGCUGCUGGCGCUCCCGCCAUCACGCAGCAGCAGGGCAAUGCGGUGCCGUUCGUGCCGUCAACUCGGCAGCGACACCAAGACAAGGCGCCGGACGCCGCCAUGGCGUCACUCGCCGUACAGCAGCAGUACGGCAGUGGUACGGCGGCGGCGGCGGGGCGGCUGGCGGCGCAGCAGGCGGCGGCGGAGGAGGCGGAGGUGGCGGAGGCGGCCGCCGCCGCAGCCGACCGAGAUCUGCGUGCCAUGUCUGUGGCGGCGACGAUGGGAGGCAGGGGCGUGGGAGCCACGGGGGAGCUGGAGCCCUUCGAUGAGCUAGGCAUGGAGGCGUUCAUGGAGCGGGAGGCUUUCGUGGAGGAGGGCGCGGUGAUGGUGGAGACGGCGGCGCCCGGCGGCGGUGCCGACGGCGGCGGCGACGAGGUCGGCAGCAGUGGUGCCGCUGGCGAUGCCGCUGACGUCUCGAACGUCAUGCCGACCCCGCCAGCGGUGGCGCCGCCGCCGGCCCUUAAGAAGCCGGCGCCGCACAAACUCAAGCCCAGCAAAAUGUCGCAUCGCCGUCCGGCGGGCAUUGCGAGGGGAAGCGAUAGCAGCAACGGCGGCUACAGCCUCGGUGCUGCUACAGCCUCGGCGCCCGCGGUGUACACCACAGGCCCGGACGUGGCCGAUGAUGACGUGGCUCCGCCGCACCGGCGGCGGCACAAGCUGCUACACCCGCAGCCGCCGCCGGCGGCUACAGCCGCCAGACGCUCGAGGCAUGCGGCGCUGGCGGACCGGACUCCUGAGGCGGCCGCCAGUACCACCGGCAGUAGCAGCCAGCCGCAGCAGCAGCCGCAGCAGCAGCAGCACUAUGGUGGCGGUGGCGGAAGCCACGGUGCCAGUGAUGAGCGGCCUGGGUACGGCAUCUUGGAGCUGUACGGCAACUGUCCAGACGUACCAGACGAGGAGGUGGCAGGCGAGAAGUCGUUGUACGGCGCCGUUAUGCACAAUGCAGCGGCAGUUGGUACGGCAUCAAAUGCCCGGAGCGAGGGCGACGCCGCCUCCAAGGCACUGGCGGAGGUGGCGGUGCCGCCGCCGCCGCCGGCGUCGCUUCCCGAGGACAUCUCCAUCUCCCGCGCCGUCGGCGCCAUCCGCACUGGCGGCGCCGCGCCGCCACGGCUGACCGCGCCUCUGUCGCUGCACGCGCCGCCGCCGCCGCCAACCGCCAUCGAUCGGCGGUUGAAGUCGUUGAGUGACGUGGACCGGCAGUUUAUCGAGGGGCUGGAUAACGUCGCUAACGGUCACGGUUGGUCGGACCAGGCACGUGACCUGCAGGCGGGCAUGCAGUCGCACGUGACGCCGCGGCCGAGCGCCACUGCCAAGGCCCGUGGGCCGGCUCAGCCCGCCUACGCGGCGCACAUGCACACGCCGCCGGCCGAGGGCACCAACCCCGCCGUGUCCUCUGAGCCGCAGACGUGCGGCAUCCACGGCAGCGGAGGCGGAGGCGGUGGCGGUGGCGGUGGCAGGGGCGGGGGCGGGGUGGCAGCGGCGGCUGGGGUGAAGCCGCCGGUUGUUGCCGCGGGCAUGGUGAUGGGCAGCCUGCCGACGCGCAUGGGGUUUGUUGGCGGCGGCGGCUGUGGCGUUGGUGGUGUGGGCAGCAGUAGCAGCAGCGGCAGCGGCAGUAGCCAUGGCAGCCGGAGCAUUACCGCGGGGGCCGCCAGCGGAGGCACAGCACCAUCUGAUGAGAUGGGCGGCGGCGGCGGCAGUGAUGGCGGCGGCGAUGGCGGCGGCGGCGGCAGCGGCGGCGGUGGUGGUAAUGGCGGCAGCUCCGAUCCGCUGCCGAAGACCGUGGGUCGGCUGCCGGCCGUACCAUCACAGACGUACGGCGUGAUUGCUCGUACCGCCGCCAUUCUGGAGGCAGACGGGCAGUUGACGCUGCUUGCUCGUCCCACCGGCCCCACGCCGGAGCGCGUGCGCGCGGCCCUUCGACUGCUGCACAUGUCGCCGGACAGCCGCGCCUUCGCGUCAACCGCCGCCGCCGCCGUCGCCGCCGCCACGAUCGACGAGGCCGCGGCGGCCGCGGUCACCGCAGAGGCGGCCGCCGCUGCCGCGGAGGCGGCGGCGGCGGGCGGCAGCGCCGCCGACGCGGCGGCGGCCGCCGGCGAGCGCGGCCUGGAGAUUGAGGUGAUCGACCGUCGGGGCGCGGGCUCGGCGACGGGGUCGCUGUCGUCUGCCACGUCGUCGCCGCUGACGUCGUUGGAUGAGUUGAUGGAGAUCGCGCCGUCACUGAUGCUGGGCCAGACGGAGAUCAACCCGGCAGACGUGGCCGCAGACCCGGAGUCCUACAUGAAGCCACGGGUGUGGGGCGACCUCGACCUCAUCCACGACCCGCACGACCCUCGCGGCUCAGGCCCCAUGGGCGCAAUGAACGCCCUGGCCAACGGAAUCGGGUCUGACGGCGAGGGGGUGCUGGGUGGCGGCGGCGGCGGCGGCGCAGCAGGGGCCGGCGGGCUGGACCUGCUGGCGGCGGCGGCGGCGGCGGCUGCGAGUGUCGGCGACGGCGGCAUGUCGGGCUUGGGCGCGCUGGGCGGGCUGGCGCCGCCGGGGCACAGCGGCGGCGGCAUGGGCGCGGGCUGGCACGAGGACUACGAUGAAGUGAUGGGGCAGAUUACGGACAGCCAGCGCCGCGGCUACUCGGAGGACGGCGUCAGCGGUGGCACCUUUGACUCGGACUAUUACUAAGCACCAAGACGACGACACGUACGUACAAUUAGCUGCUGCCAGGCCGCUAGCUGGGAUUAUGUACCGUGGGCUCUCGGCUUGUUCUUGGUUGCAGCUGACUGGGCAAGGCCUUCAGGAUUGUGCUGGACGCGCAUGUACAACAUGUGUGAAGCCCUUCGCAGUUCGUGAUCAAGUACCGGUACCGUAGGAGUUGUCUGUGGUGUGGGUAGCUCUUUGUUACAGGUUCGAGUGGGUGUGCUGCCGCCCUGGCUUCCUAGCCUUUCCUCGGCCACAAGUGGUGUUGCUAAACUGCUGUUGCACACGGUAUUCAGGCGCUUCGUUGCUUGGCAUGUAUGUGGGUUUGUGGCGCACAUGCGCCUCCAUUUGCGCCCAGAGCUACUGGCUGGGUUAGCGCGAUGCUUAUGGCGGCCGCACGGCAUUCGCUGCGCGUCCGAAACGUCCGGUACUGGGUGAGAGGAACAUAAUUCCAAAAGGCAUGCUCGUUACCCUGGGACAAGCCCAGGCACAUUGACUUGGCACAGGUUCGGGCUUGUCGAAUGGACCGGGUGCGAGGGGCGCAGUGCGGCGUGGUGCGGAUUGCAGUGCUGAGGGUGCUGUUGCUGUUGAUGUUGAUGCUGCACGCAUGAAGGGACUGAGGCAACAUGAGGGAAGGCACAUUCAUGAGUGGCUGCGCGGCGUGGCGUCGGCAGAGCGCGUGGCGUGGUGCAGGCCUGCGCUGUGCAUGCAUGAUUCUUUUUUGUGAACUGCGUAGCACGGGGCCAGUCGGCUCGCGUGUUCACACGUGCGUGACGUGCAUCUCUUGUGGACAGUUUGUGUUGCCAACUUGCCAUCAGCAAGCACGAUGGGGGGGGGGGGGGGGUACAGAUAAUAGGUACCUCGGCUUGGCUAGCGACGGAUUUGCUGAGUGCCCCCAACGUCGUGGUGUUCCAGGACGGCGGCUGACGGCUGGGCUGGCUGUGGCUGAUUACUAGCGUCUGUAAGUGGUGGUUGUGUAAUUUGAAAGUUGGCAUGCGCCCCUGUUGAUCUUGUCAGGCUACGGGCGCCAAUGCCGCGACGCUGCAACGUGUGUAAUGGUGCUGACGCAUACCGCCGCUUGGGGGGGAGACGAGGCGUACAUACGGCGGUGCCAAUGUGUCUCGUGUCAAACCCGGCGCAAGGGCAGAUCACCGCCAAGUACACGGCCGUGCAAGAUACACUCAAACGUAUAGCACAAUCAAUGCAAGGAUUCAUUAUUAACGCUUUUGAUUCAAGCACAAAUGCGGCCUUCUUCACUUCUUGCCGAGCAUGUUGCACUGUGAAUAGUGUAUGAGCCACAUUUAGAAAUUGUAAAAUUAUUCCGAU